AAAAUAUUUUGGGGCGCCACUUUCAGUGUUGUUGUUGCACUCAGUCGGCGAGAGUACGUUUCAUGUUGCCUCUAGAGCUUUACUUCUCAGUGUCACUUCGCGUCUUAGUGGACCAUGUUAGGUGAAAGGUCCUGGUUUGCCUGAUUUGUUUUUCCGCGUCAAACCAUUGACGUUUUCUGCCAAGCGUUGUCCGAAGCCAACCCGUUUUCCUGCCCCCCUCCCCCAUCUCGAGGAACGGUUCUAGCUGUGGAUAUCUGGAUUAGAUUUAAGAUGUGAACGUGGAUCUGUUUUGGUUUUAUCCGGAGUUAUUCCUGCUGAAGCGGCCGAUAGUGAAACUAUGGCGGAUACAACUCUAAGAGACAAGAUCCGUGCGCGUCGGCAGGCCCUGCAGGAGUCGCUGGCUCAGAGCGAUGCCGACCCUGACAUCUCCACAUCCCGCAUGGAGGACACAUGGGCAUCCAAUGACGUGGAGCCGAUCAGUCCACAGCAGAACGGGAAGGUUCCAGCAGCCAAUGGGCAGGUUGGAAAGGAACAACAAGAGGACACAGUGUUGGAGGUGUUGGAUGAGGAAACAGAGAAAGAGAACAUGUUACAUGACCUGGCAUCACGGAGGAAGACCAGACAGAGAGAAUUAAACAAGAGCCUACAGGGCACAGUGGAGCCUCCUACAGAUGAGGUAGACUCCAGCACCAGGAAGAUGUCUAUGGCUGAUGCUGCCCUGAGUCUGACCAAGACCAAAUCUCCCACUGGCCUGACUUCCUCCGUCAGGGAACGACUUAAGAACAAAGUCAAGACUGUCCGGGAGAAAGUUGAGAGUGAGGCUAAGGAAGAGUCCCGUCCAGCGAGGAAGCUGCGAGCAUUGAGGGAGAGACCCCCUGCGAUCACGAGGUUUGAUAAGAUGAACAAAGAAGACCUGGAGGCUGAGAAGAGACUGGAGGAGUCGCUCAGUGCCAGGUCCAAGUGGAAGAAAGCCGGCAAAGGAAUGAAGGAGCUGCUAGCCAAGAAGGAUGCCCUGCCCACAGAUGAGGAAGCCUAUGACUUCUUCACACAUGUGUAUGAUGCUGAGGAGGAGGAGGUACCAACACCCCCGGCCCCCCAGGAGCCUGAGCCCGGCCCGAGCGGGGAGGGGGUGGAGGAGGGGGAGGAGGCUCGGGAGGAAGGGGAGACUGAGCCUAAGGAGGAAGGGGCAGCUGACCAGCCCCAGAGGGAGGCGGACCGGCGGAGAGAGGAAGCGGAGAAAGCCCAGGAGGCGCUGGAGGACUACCUGAGCGAGGGCUGGCAGAUGACUCACGUCCACGCCGCCCAGUACGUGGGGUACCAGACCAGGGUGGACAGGGAGAAGGACAUCUACUUUGUACCCAGCAUGCUGCCUGUACCUGCAGAAGAGAAGGUUCCCCAGGACGCCCAGCCCAGAUAUCUUGAAGACGAGGGGUUCUACGUGGGUGAGAGACCUCCUGUGCCCUACAGGAACCAGAACAUUGCUGAGGACAGACUUCUCAAGGAACCCGAUGAACGGGGGUCCAAGUGGUUCGGAGAAGACGGAAAGAUAAUCGCUCUUCCCGAUCCGUUAAAAACGGAACCCACCCGUCCCCCAAACAUGCUGAUAGACGAACCAGAGCCCAUGUUAGAAACUGAAUACCGCAAGGCGUGGCUGAAGGAGUUUGAUGGGCGGUACAUCGAUGGAUCAGAGCAGAUAUCCGGCCAUGGACGGUACCAGCUGGAUGUUGACGUGAACACGCUAGUCUUCACCCACCACUCCCUGUUCAGUCGUGAGCACGUUCUGUCGGCAAGACUGAACCAGCUGUACCAACAAUACUUGGUGAGGACACACAAAAACAUGGCCAAUUUCCUGACUGAUAAAUUGAAAGCGCUGAAAGCUGCAGCAAGACACCUGGAGUCUCAGGAGGGACAGGGACUUAACCCUCAACCUGCCGAGCAAAGUGGGAGGCUGAGGGAGUACAAAAAUGAAAUAAGACAAACCCGUAAGCUGCGCGAUGCGGAGCAGCAGGCUGACAGAAACCUGCUGAAGAACAUCCUGAAGGUGUGGCGCGACAUCAAGGCUCUCCGCCAACUGCAGGCCUUCGCUAAUACCUCCGUCAAACUCGUCGUGCGCAAAGAGGAGACAGACAAGGAGAACGACAGGGUGGUGUGGGAGCAGGAAGUAGUAGAGGAGGUGCAGGAGGAGGAGGAUGCAAUGGAGGAGGAGUACCGCAGGCAGGUGGACAGAUACGAGGCGAUGAUGGCAGAGUGGAAGAGACAGCACAAGGCCAGGAAGCAAAAGAAGAAGAAAAAGAAGAAGAAAGAAGGCUCACAGGAGAGUCUGCAAGACAGUCUUCAGGAUGAGUCUGUUGAUGAGGGGGAACAGUUACCCAAACCAGAGGCGCCCCCACCCCCAGACAGGGAAGGUUUACGUGAGAAGGUGCGACAGAAAGCCCUGCAGAUCCGGAGGAGACCAGGGGAGCCCAUCCUGACCCCAGAGGUCACCAACACAGCAACCAUCACUCCUAAACAACAGUGUCCCAGGGGUGAACAAGAGAGGAGACAAGAUGUGGAGAGACUGCAAGUUUUUGUCAAGGUGCUAUUCAAUGACAAGGAAGUGUCAAGAACUAGGCCAAGAAGUGUGACGUCAGACUUCAAGGUGACGUUUGGAGAAAUCUUCCCCAUCCUCAUCAUACAGUGGCCAGAGAGUAUCAAGCUACAGGUGUAUGAGAAGGGAACCCUGUCUAACACACUCCUGGCCGAGGUGUACGCCGGUAUCCCGGAGGCCGCCAUCACGUCAGGGAACGUGGAGCUGGAGGACCUGGAGUUCAGUAGUGACCAGCGCGUGGCGUACGACCACGAGGCCGUCGGCAGUGGAGUGAUGUUUUCCUUUGAGGAGGACAACUCGGACGCCUUGUGUCUCCUGACCACCGGCAUCCUCAGCACCAGUGUGUCCUGGGGGACGAAGGACGACGGCACCCCCCUGGUCCCCCCUGUGGGACCCACAUCGGCCACCAUCCACAGCCCAAUGAUGCAGGCUGACCCAGUGGCAGCCAUCGGAGCCACAGGGAUGGUGGACAUGGAGAAGCUAGCUGACUGGAUAGAGGAGUCACGGCUGGACCCAAACGACCCCAGCAAUGCAGCACUGAUGCAACACGUCAAGAAUUUCACUGGAGGGAAAAACGGAGUCUCCAGACUGCCCGACUACUUCAGGUUGGAGCAGCUCCAGGAAGAAUUCAACUUUGCCACCGACGAGGAACUGGAGAAGUCGAAGAGAUUCCGUCUGCUGAAGCUCAGGUCCCGGGAGGUCCCAGAGUUCCGGUCCUACCCCAUGGUGCCACUUCGAGACAGGGAGAUUCCAGAUGCCAUCUUCAAGGAGUACGAGAAGAGACAGAAGGAGAAGGAGGAGAAAGAGGUCCGGGAUGACAUGGAUGCGCACAGGAAGAGGGUCGCACGGUUCCAGUCUAAGGUGAAAGAGCAUGUGCUGAACCGGUACAGAAUGGCCAGGCACCAGUUCUCCACCAACGACAUGGUUGUGGAGGACCAAGUACCAGACAUUGGGACCCUCACAGUGACCCUCCUGAAGAUCACAGAGCCCAGACGUCCCCUGCGCCCGGUCAGGAAGGAGCGUAAGAAGGUGACGGCUCAGGCACUGUCUCCUGGAGACGUGAAGAUCCUGGUCAACAUACAGAGGGCCUUCAACAUGCAGAUAAGGACUGGAGGUGCAGGCAGUGGUGCAGGAGCUGGGGCAUCGUCAGCUGGAGACAGAACAGCAGGAGACGCACACUCAGGGGUGUUGGUCCGUCCCUUCGUGGAGGUGACGUUCCAGCGCACAAACCAGAAAACAAGCACGGCAGAGGGAGUCAAUCCCAGCUGGAACGAGGAACUCCAGCUACCUCUGAGGGUACCGAACAAUGACUACUCUCCUAGCAACUUGCAGACCGUGGACGACACUCUCUUCAUCAAUGUGUUUGAUGAGCUGAUUAUCGACAUUCUCGAGAUUGAUGGCACGUUCAGAGUGGAGGCCCCUCCCGUGUUGCUAGGUUACAAGCGCGGAGGCGGCGGUGGGACGGAGGGUCUGGACCUGCAGAUGGGCGGGAACGAGCACACGUACCUGACCCUGUUCAUCACCAUCGAGCCGCCCCUCACGCCGCUCGAGCCACUCAAGGAGAAGUUUGACAGCCAGGAGGACGAGAAGCUGCUGUUCCAGGCCGAGAAGUGGCAGGGCGAGGUCGAGAAGCGCUUCCCCAAGCGAAACAUCUCCACCACGGUGACGGACAUCAACGGGAAGUCAGUGUUUGUGACCAGGUUCAUCCAGCCGCUACGGCCGCCAGAUGAGCUCAUCGACAGCAAUGCCGAUACAAGACAAAAUUCUGAGCGUGUGGCAAGGUUCGUGUCCUUGAUCCCCUUCAUCUCUGACUCGACACUGUUUGCAGGAAUUUGUGACAUCUGGAGUACCUGUGAUCAAUUUCUCCAGAUGUUGUCUGGUGAUGAGGAGGAGCAUGCAGUGUUGCUGUGUAACUACUUCCUCCACAUGGGGAAGAAGGCCUGGGUGCUGCUGGGGUCAGCUGUGCCUGAGGGGCCAACGGCAUACGUCCUGACACUCGAAUCCAACAGCGACUACCUCCUGUGGAACCCCAGCUCGGGGGAGUUCUUCCAGCAGCACGACCCGUACUGCCCCAUGCAGUCCGUGGGCUGCCUCAUCAACCAGGACAACAUCUGGGCCAACGUGCAGGAGUCGGACUCCGCGGGCAGGAUGAGCUUCGACACCACCAGGGAGGCGCAGUGGAAGCCGUUCUUCAGCCGCAGCUACCCCAACCCCGGCCUGUCCAGCAUACAGCCUGACCAGCUGGUCUAUCUGCCCACAGACAAGGACUAUGUGGCAGACCUGCAGGAUAGGAUUGAGAGGAAGCUGAGAGACAAGGUCAUGGAGUGGCGCCCCCACUCCAUCACGCGCUGGAACCGGUACUGCACCCAGAUCUUCCGCCGGCUGCUGCCCAGACUGGAGCAGAGCGGGGGGAGGGGCACCGCUGACGAGCACAGGACGGAGCUGGAACCCAUCCUGGCUUCUUACAAGAUGUCAGGGUUCCCCAUGCAGAUGCCGUACACAGAAGACAACCCAGUUGUGGAGGCAGUGUUCAGUACAGGGGUGCACCAGCUGCAAGGCAAGGACGUGGAGUUUGCCCUGGCCGUCCACAUCCAUCCCUACCCCAACACUGUCCUGUCUCUCUGGGUGUACGUGGCCUCGCUGGUCAGGAAGAGAUGAUUUCUGCUGCACCAUUGGACGACCAGGACCAAAACUUCUGCUGUGUAUACACCCAGACAGAUGCUUCUCACAAUGUCCUUAGCUCCAAAACU